AUGAAGCUGUAUCUUGUUGGAGGAUCUUUUGGACUCCGUGAAUUUGCUCAAAUUAGAUAUGAUGUCCACAAACUACAUGGCAAGGUUGAUCCAGCUUUGAAAGAAAAAUUAAAACAGAACACUGUAACACUGGAAUCUGAAUAUGAGAAGCUGGAAAAGUCUGACUUGGAUAACUGGGAGAACAUCAGAGGACCCCGUCUGUGGGAAGAUUCCAGGACUGUUCAGAAGCAACGGCGGGAGGCUGCCGGUCUCAAGACAGAGUGA